AUGGCAUCACAACAAUCGGAUGAUGAUAUUUUCGUCGAUUCACCAACUAAUAAGCAUCAUCGGUUUUUUCCAUCAUCACCAAAAUUAAUAACAAUGAAACGUGAUCAAGAAUCAACAUUUGAUACUGUAACUCCGUUAACACGUCAAAUGAAAUCAUCAUCAAUUUCAGCUUCAGAAAGUGGUGAUAAUGAACGAACUACACCACUUCGACGUCGGCCAAGUGUUCUUGAUGAAAAAGCAUUACGUGAAACUGAUACAAAAACAGUUCGUGAUCAACGUAUUCAAGCUAUUACUCGAAGUUAUCAAGGUAUUUUAGACAGUAUUGGAGAAGAUUCGACACGACAAGGUCUUCUUAAAACACCAAAACGUGCUGCUGAAGCAUUAGUUUUCUUUACCAAAGGUUAUGAACAAUCAAUUCGUGAUGUUGUUAGUGAUGCUAUUUUUGAUGAAGAUUGCGAAAAUAUGGUUGUAGUUAAAGAAAUUGAUAUCUAUUCUUUAUGCGAACAUCAUAUGGUACCUUUUUUUGGUAAAGUAUCUGUUGGUUAUUUACCAAAUAAACGAGUCUUAGGUUUAAGUAAAAUUGCAAGAAUUGUUGAAGUCUUUAGUCGACGUUUACAAGUACAAGAACGUUUGACACGACAAAUUGCAGAAGCUAUUGCCGAAGCAAUAGAACCAAGAGGCGUAGCUGUCAUUGUAGAAUGUCAGCAUAUGUGUAUGAUCAUGCGAGGUGCACAAAAGGUUAAUUCACGAACAACAACAUCAGCAAUGCUUGGUGUUUUUCGUGAAGAUCCCAAAACACGAGAAGAAUUUUUAUCACUUGGUGGUAUUAAGCCAUUUUAA